AACUGUCAUUUUCCGAUCCUCACCUUCUUCUUCUUCUUCUUCAUCUCUGUUCCAUCAGAAAGGAACCCGACAACCCCAAGCAAAUCCUCAGAAACCUGAAUUCAAUUCUCCACACUGAUCCAUGUCCCUGUUCCCCCCUCCGAAUCCCUGACAAGAAAUCUCUGCUAAACCUCUUCCAGUUUACUGUACUGAAUGGAUAUCCUCUUCGCUCAGAUCCAGGCGGACCUGCGCUCCAACGACGCCCUGCGCCAGACAAGCGCCCUGCUGUUAGCCCUCCAGCAGUCCGCAGCCGGCCGUGACAUCUCCGUCAUUGCCAAAUCCGCCGUCGAGGAGAUCGUCGCCGCCCCUGCUUCUGCAGUCUGCAAGAAGCUCGCCUUCGACCUCAUCCGCUCCACCAGGCUCACUGCUGACCUUUGGGACUCUGUCUCCACUGGUAUCCGUUCCGACCUUCACUUUCCCGAUCCAGAUGUAACCGCUGCCGCCCUCUCUAUCCUUGCUGCUAUCCCCUCCUACGCGCUUGCAAAGCUUAUUUCCGAUUGUAAUUCUGAGAUCUCUGCCUGCUUCGACUCCCCUAGCGAUAACCUUCGGUUCUCCAUCACCGAAACGCUCGGCUGCAUUCUCGCCCGUGAUGACCUCGUUACGCUCUGUGAGAAUAAUGUGAACAUCCUUGAUAAAGUCUCCGCAUGGUGGUUUCGCAUUGCCAACAACAUGCUGGAUAAAUCGGACAAUGUCUCCAAAGUCGCCUUUGAGUCGGUCGGAAGAUUGUUCCAAGAAUUCGAUUCAAAGAAAAUGAGCCGAUUGGCGGGCGAUAAACUGGUGGAUAGCGAGAAUUCUCUGGCAAUUCGGUCGAAUUGGGUCUCGUCUAUGGUGGAUUUUGUGUGGAAGAAGAGGAAUGCAUUGAUGGCAAGGUCAUCGAUCCUGCCGGUGGAGACCUUCCGUGCUACAGUGUUCCCGUUGGUAUAUGCAGUUAAGGCUGUGGCCUCCGGAAGUGUGGAGGUGAUCAAGAAGCUUUCAAAAUCUCCCAAAGAAAAUGGGAGCGUGGCGGACUCGACUGCAGAGAAGCUGGUCGGGGUUUCAGAUUUGGUGACUCAUUUGGCACCGUUCCUAGCUUCUUCGUUGGAUCCGGCAUUGAUUUUUGAGGUGGGAAUUAAUAUGUUGUACUUAGCUGAUGUGCCUGGAGGGAAGCCCGAGUGGGCUUCGCAAUCAAUUAUAGCGAUUUUGACGCUUUGGGACAGACAGGAAUUCGCUUCUGCUAGAGAGAGUAUUGUUAGGGCUGCUGUGACCAACCUUCAUUUACUUGAUCUCCAUAUGCAGGUUUCAUUGUUUAAGAGGCUGCUUGUUAUGGUAAGAAACCUGAGAGCUGAAUCAGACCGCAUGUAUGCCUUAGCUUGUAUUUGUCGGACAGCUUUAUGUGUUGACCUUUUUGCAAAGGAAAGUGUUCGAAGAGGUCAGAAGCCUCUUUCAGGAACUGACAUUGCUUCUCUUUUCGAGGAUGUAAGGAUAAGAGAAGAUCUUAAUAGUCUGACAAGCAAAAGCUUGUUUAGGGAGGAGUUGGUGGCAACUCUUGUAGAAAGUUGCUUCCAGUUGUCUCUUCCUUUGCCUGAGCAAAAGAACUCAGGUAUGGAGAGCAGAGUCAUUGGAGCCUUGGCAUAUGGAACAGGUUAUGGUGCACUAAACUGGACAGAGCCAGCUUUGGAAGUGGUUGAAGUUUGCAGGCCUUGUGUCAAAUGGGAUUGUGAGGGAAGGACUUAUGGAAUUGAUUGCUAUUUGAAGCUGCUUGUUAGGCUAUGCCAUAUUUAUGAUACUAGAGGAGGUGUAAAAAAGGUUAAAGAUGGGGCUUCUCAAGAUCAAAUCUUAAAUGAGACAAGGCUGCAGAACUUGCAAAGGAACCUUGUAAAAGAUCUCCGUGAGGUGAAUACCCCAAGAAUAUGUGCCCGUCUUAUUUGGGCAAUUUCAGAACAUAUAGAUGUAGAAGGUCUAGAUCCACUUCUUGCAGACGACCCUGAGGAUCCUCUAAAUAUUAUUGUCUCAAAUAUUCACAAGGUUCUCUUCAACAUAGAUUCAUCUGCAAAUACAACAAAUAGGCUUCAAGAUGUUCAGGCAGUUCUUCUAUGUGCUCAGCGAUUGGGUUCGCGUCACCCUAGAGCAGGGCAGUUACUGAUAAAGGAGCUUGAAGAAUUCAGAAACAGUACUUUGGCUGAUUCUGUAAACAAGCAUCAGUGUCGUUUGAUACUGCAGAGAAUUAAAUAUAUUUUCAGUCAUCCUGAUAACAGGCAACCUGCAAAUAUGGUGAAGAUCAAUAGACAAAGUUUCUCUCUCUCUUCUUCUUCUUCUUCUUGUUCUUCUUCUUUUUUCAGGUGGGCUGGGGUUAGUGAGGCAAGAGGAGAUUACCCAUUUACCCAUCAUAAACUUACUGUACAGUUUUACGAAUCAUCUGCCGCUCAAGACAGAAAAUUGGAAGGAUUAGUUCACAAAGCUAUUUUAGAGCUAUGGAGGCCAGACCCUAGUGAAUUAACUCUUUUAUUGACAAAGGGAAUUGACUCUACAUCACUCAAGGUUGCUCCAGUUGCACAUACGUUGACUGGUAGCAGUGAUCCUUGCUACAUUGAGGCUUACCAUUUGUCUGAUGCCGGAGAUGGAAGGAUCACUUUGCAUCUCAAGGUUUUAAAUUUGACUGAACUGGAACUAAACCGGGUGGAUAUUCGUGUUGGGUUAUCUGGUUCCUUAUAUUUCAUGAAUGGGUCUCCCCAAGCAGUGCGGCAGUUGCAUAAUCUUGUUUCACAGGAUCCUGUUCUUUGUAGUGUGACUGUAGGUGUCUCCCAUUUUGAAAGAUGUGGCUUUUGGGUUCAAGUAUUGUACUACCCAUUCUAUGGUAGCGGUGCUGUAGGAGAUUAUGAAGGUGAUUAUGCUGAAGAAGAUCCCCAAAUCAUGAGGCAAAAGAGAAGCUUAAGGCCAGAACUUGGAGAACCUGUGAUUUUGAGAUGUCAGCCUUACAAAAUUCCACUCACUGAUCUUCUUUUGCCACAUAAAAUUUCACCUGUUGAAUUCUUCCGUCUUUGGCCCAGUUUACCAGCUAUAGUAGAGCUUACUGGUACAUAUAUUUAUGAAGGAAGUGGCUUCAAGGCUACUGCUGCACAGCAAUAUGGAUCUUCCCCUUUCUUGAGUGGACUGAAAUUAUUGUCUUCCAAGCCUUUCCACAGGGUUUGUUCACACAUCAUCAGAACAGUUGCUGGAUUUCAGCUGUGUUAUGCUGCAAAAACUUGGCAUGGAGGCUUCUUGGGUAUGAUGAUUUUUGGAUCCAGUGAAGUGAGCAGAAAUGUGGAUCUGGGUGAUGAAACAACAACAAUGAUUUGCAAAUUUGUAGUCCGAGCUUCUGAUGCAUCAAUUACAAAACAGAUUGAAUCAGAUCCACAGGGCUGGUUGGAUGACCUGACUGACGGGGCUGUAGAAUACAUGCCUGAAGAUGAAGUCAAGGUGGCUGCUGCUGAGAGGCUUAGGAUUUCAAUGGAGCGGAUAGCCUUGUUGAAGGCUGCACAGCCACGACCAAAGACUCCAAAAUCUGAUGACGAAGAGGAUGAAGAAAAAGAAGAAGAUGAAGAGAAGAAAAAGGAAAAGAAGGAUGGUGAGGAAGAUAAACCUAAGGGACCUACCACACUCUCCAAGAUAACAGCAGAGGAAGCUGAACACCGUGCCCUUCAAGCAGCUGUGCUCCAAGAGUGGCACAUUCUGUGUAAAGAUAGGAAAGGUUAAUUAACUACCUCCAUCUUUUCCUUUUACUUUGAUUGAAGGGAAUGAUAUAUUCGUUCUGCUGUAUUUCAUUUUGGUUUUGACUUAGAUAGGUGUCCAAAUAAUUUGAUUAGAGUGCCCUUUUAUUCAUUUGUUUCUCUUCUCCAUUCCCCUGGGGUGAGUAUUCCUUUAUAGUUUAUACAUCAUGUACCGGCAGCUUUGAUUUUUUGUUCAACAUGAGGAAUCUGUUGUUAAACGAAUGAAAUUUGUUUUCGUGU